CCGCCACUAGACGCGCCUCCCCGGCUCGGUCACAUCAUCCCGCCCCGCCGCUCCAUCACCACCACCACCUCUCUCACCCAGAGGAAGACCGGAGGAACGGGAGCGGAACGCGGGGAAACCAUGAAGGACCGCAUGCUAGAACUUCGACACGGGAAGGAGACGACAGAGGAAGAGGAUGAAGUCGCUGUGGGAAUGGAGAAAGGCUUUAUGGACGAAUUCUUUGAACAGGUGGAAGAAAUCCGGGGUUUUAUCGAGUCUCUGGCAGAGAAAGUUGAAGAGGUCAAGAGGAAGCACAGCGCCAUCCUCGCCUCACCUAACCCCGAUGAGAAAACUAAGGCUGAGCUGGAGGAUUUAAUGGCUGACAUCAAGAAGUUGGCCAACAAAGUACGAUCCAAAUUAAAGAGUAUCCAGAACACCAUCGAGCAAGAGGAAGGCCAGAACAGGUCAUCAGCUGACCUGAGGAUACGUAAAACACAGCACUCCACACUGUCCCGCAAGUUUGUCGAGGUGAUGUCCGAAUACAACACCACGCAGUCGGACUACAGGGAGCGCUGCAAGGGACGCAUCCAGAGGCAGCUCGAGAUCACUGGGAGAAAUACAACCAACGAGGAGCUGGAGAGCAUGCUGGAGAGUGACAACCCAGCUAUCUUCACUUCGGGGAUCAUUAUGGACAACAUCACCCAGCAGGCGAUGAACGAGAUCGAGACUCGGCACACUGAGAUCAUCAAGCUGGAGAACAGUAUUAGAGAGCUUCACGACAUGUUCAUGGAUAUGGCCAUGCUGGUGGAAAGUCAGGGUGAGUUGGUGAACAACAUUGAGCACAGCGUCCUUGGCGCUCAGGAGUAUGUGGAGCAGGCGAAGGAUAGAAUCCCAAAAUGCAAAAAGUUGAAAAAGACAAGCAGCCGGAGUCUUCAUCACACUGCCAAACUUUUUCAAACAAUCCUUUCGUCCGGGCCUUACCAGUCGUGCAGCCUCUCUGACUGUGGCUGCGGUGUGAGUGACUGCGUGUGUACAUGCAUCAAGUGAGCGGUGAUGAGCGUGUUUGUUUGUAGCUAAGCGUGCAGAGUGCGAGUCAUGGGAUGAGAAUGUGAGUGCUUGUUAAUAGUCUCCUGUUUGUUUUGUAUAAAGUGUAAACUGAUAUAUAUAUAUAAAAAAGCUCUCUAACACUGCCAGUAUGUUCAAAGAAGCUGUUAAAAUGGAGUCUCGUCUGGUUGGAGGUCGUACGCUUGUUGUAUUAUGUCUUUCUUUAAUAUAUACAAACCCUGAGAUUAGAAAAGAGCACAUUCUUCUGUCACACUACUUCUGUUUAUUUGUAUGAAUGAACUUCAGUCAGUAUGAAUUCAAAGUAGCCCCGUGAAAGACUCUUCUCAGUUUUCUGGCGACUCAUCAGAUGUGCACAAUGCAACCAUGUUACCAUGUUGCCUACUCGACCUGUUGCCUUUGUGUUGUAUUGUGACGACAUGGUUAUGUUUGUUUGAUCCAAGUUGUUUUUUCCUUGUCUUUUUUUUAUUUCAAGUAAAGUUUGUCUGAAAAAUCACAUUCAGUGCGUUUGUGUUUUUGAUUUGGAGGCCUCCACUUACUGAGACGAGUGAUCAAUGCAAUGAAAUUCUUAUUUCCCCCUGUCUACACCUGAUGUCGUCGAUACAUGUCUAAAUACAACAAUAUAAAAAUAGAUUAAAAUAAAACAAAGAUGAAAAAUCUAAUGUAAGAAAAAUCCUAAUUCAUAUUCACUUAUCACACACAUCCAUAAAGACUGAGGUAGACAAUUUUAACAAUGUUUAAAGGGAAUGUGCAAAAAUGAAUGUGCAAAGAGACGCAAUUUGUCUUUUCAAUUCUCAUAUUUAUUUGAACUUUUCUUGUUUACUCAUAGAUGUAACAUCACAGUUUGAACUGUGAAUCUUAAACAAGUAAAAUUACAAAAGUAUGAAAGUUCACUAUACUAAUCCUUAACUGCUUAUAUACACACACACACAACCCUGUGAUAUUAACCCGUCCAGACAAGGGUGUCCCCCACCUCUUAACCAGUGUCAGCUAACAUCUGCACAUAGACCGUAUGCGACCCUUAACCCUGGGAUAAAAAAUAUUCUCUGGCCCGAAUGUCACUUCAUCAGGUUUGUCAGAAAAGUGAAGCUAUAGUUACUUUAUUCACUUUAACUGCAAGAACUUUGUUAUCAAAAUAAUUCUUCAAGAGUACAAAUUGAAUAAUACAAAACUGACGAAGACGUGGGCCGUUGAGUAAAUAGAUCCCCUAUGUACAACCCCUGAAGAUAUCAUAACACGUUCAUAAGAAGAAGUGUCAAA